GAGAUGGAGUCUCUGCUGAUGACUUCACGUCUUUAAUGCUCAACUCAUUUAAACUAUUAGUUUCUGUUUCACUCUUCAUGUCACGUUUUUCAGAUUCCAACUCGUCAGUGUCUCUCACAGUGAAGCCGGACUCAGUGCAGCACUUCUUUCUUAACCAAAUCCGUCUGACCUGUGAGGGAAACUCUGAUAGGUGGAGAUUGUGGAUGUUUACUGGAGACAAAGUAGAAUUGUUCGAGUGCGAGUCUCAGGAGACAAGCUUCACAUGGAAAAUGGAUCAUCUUCCUUCUGGAGUUUUCUGGUGUGGAUCUGGAUCAGAGUUCAGCAACGCAGUUAACAUCACUGGAGGUUGUAGUUUUUCAUUGAAUCUAUUCACACUGUGCAUGUUUCCAACAUCCCAUAAUGUGAUUUUUCGAGGUGAUGUUGUCCUGGAGAGCCCUGCCCAUCCUGUGACUGAGGGACAGUCCGUCACUCUCAGCUGCUUAUGGUUCAGAACAAAACUCGAUUCCAACAUCUCUUUCUACAAAAAUGGUGAACUCCUCCAAAGUGAUGUCAGAAGGAAACUGGAAAUCUCAGCUGUGUCAAAGUCAGAUGAAGGUUUCUACAAGUGUGAACAUUCAGGAGACUUCUCACCAGAGAGUUGGAUGUCAGUAAAAUCUGCUGCACCACCACCUGUCCUCACUGUGUCUCCAUCAUGGCUGACUCCUGGAGCCUCAGGGACUCUCACCUGUGGGGGGGUUCCACAUCCCACUGCAGGAUGGAGGUUCUACUGGUACAGAGCGGACCCCAUUAGUUUGGAUCCAGUCCCAAGAUGUAAACAGUCAAUUCGAUAUGGGUGGAGUGAUUUGUACUAUCCUACGUUCAGUUAUGAGCUGCUCCCAGGAAGCGACGGAGGAACUGAACAAAACUCCUCCGUCAUCCAAGGCCUGACGGAGUCAGCAGGUUAUUCAUGUCGAGCUGGAAGAGGAGACCCCGUGUUUUACACUGAGUACAGUGAGACAAAGUGGGUGUGGCCUGUAGAUUCCAACUCGUCAGUGUCUCUCACAGUGAAGCCGGACUCAGUGCAGCACUUCUUUCUUAACCAAAUCCGUCUGACCUGUGAGGGAAACUCUGAUAGGUGGAGAUUGUGGAUGUUUACUGGAGACAAAGUAGAAUUGUUCGAGUGCGAGUCUCAGGAGACAAGCUUCACAUGGAAAAUGGAUCAUCUUCCUUCUGGAGUUUUCUGGUGUGGAUCUGGAUCAGAGUUCAGCAACGCAGUUAACAUCACUGGAGGUUGUAGUUUUUCAUUGAAUCUAUUCACACUGUGCAUGUUUCCAACAUCCCAUAAUGUGAUUUAAAGGUACAGUAGCUGAAAGUGGGGAGCACUGCCUCCCUUCACUGCUCCUGCAGGAGCUGCACCCCCCACAUGUACCAAGAUGCAUCACAUCAAACAUGAUCUCUGGAUGAAAUUCACCCUCUUUAAUUACACAACCACACGUUCAACAACCAGAAUCAGCUGUGAGAGUGUGUCUGUCUGCGUUACACAAGCAGACAUCACGUGACUGUGUGGACGCCACAGCCCACAGCGCCACCCAGAGGCUGUUUCCCUCUCUGCACUCAAGAGGGAGGUCUUUUGGUUGGAGAGCAGGACUUAUUGAUGUCACAUUCAGAUUUUGUGAUGCUCUCACUCUAAACCCUGCGCUCACACUCAACUCUCCCUGCUUGAGCUCAGAUGUCCUGCUCUUGAAUCCAGGGCUGUGUAUUGAAACCAGAUGUUUGUCCAGCGCACACACAACGUACAGCUCAUGGACGUGAGGAGCAGAAUGUGACAAAAAGUGCAUUGAAUGACUUUGGCUCCACUUUAGCAUCUAAUAUUUAGACUCAAGCUGUUUAUAUACGAGCUGAAUUAUCAGGUUGUUCACAUUGUUGAUGGUUUUUAACUGUUUACAGUUCGAGGUGAUGUUGUCCUGGAGAGCCCUGCCCAUCCUGUGACUGAGGGACAGUCCGUCACUCUCAGCUGCUUAU